GGGACGAUAAAACACAGAUUAGAUGGAAUUAUUCAAUACUGGCGAAACGACCUCGUUCAUGACUUAGUUCUUAAGGCACUUUCUGCUUUGCGCCUACAGUACUCAUCAAAAUAGUACUCAAAGUUGCAAUCUUACAUGGGGUGGACUGACUAGUGGCUUGAGCUUGGCUUUCAGAAAAAGGAAUCAAUGGGGCAGAGUCAGUCUACAGGCAGCCGUCAAGACCAUGACGAUACGCAAACGGAAGUUGACUUCUAUGAGCUUCUUGGUGUGAAUGCAGAAGCCUCUGGUGAAGAGUAAAUUAAAUCCUUUUCUUGCGUAUUGGUUGAGCUAAUUUAUUAAUAUCUAUUUCCCCUGGUAACAGGAUCAAGAAAGCAUAUAGAAGAAAAGCAUUGGAGCUUCACCCUGAUAGAAACUAUGGAAAUGCCGAAGCAGCUACGAAGUUGUUCUCGGAAGUCCAAUCUGCGUACGAAAUACUAUCAGAUCCACAGGAAAGAGCGUGGUACGACUCUCACCGUGAUGCAUUUUCGAGGAUUAAUGGAACGGCCCGGGGGGACAAGUCCUCAUACAACUCCCAAACUACCACAGCCAGCGAUAUAUUGAAGCUUUUCUCUAAGUUCACUCCUCGAAUGGAGUUCUCGGAUGCCCCGACAGGCUUUUAUGGUGGUCUCCGUGAGACCUUCUCACGGCUUGCUCAUGAAGAAAAGCUGGCGUGUCAGCGGGAAAACCUGGAAUAUACAGAUUAUCCAACAUUUGGGGGUUCUAAUGACGACUUUGAGGACAUCGUACGUCCUUUUUAUGCAACUUGGAGCGAUUUUUCCACCAAAAAGACGUUUUCAUGGAGAGAUGCCUAUCGAUACUCUGAAGCUCCCGAUCGCCGUAUUCGUAGGGUGAUGGAGAGAGAAAAUAAGCGCUUGAGGGAGGAAGGAAUUCGUGAGUUUAAUGAUGCUGUUAGGUCGCUUGUAGCCUUCGUCAAAAAGCGAGAUCCUCGAUACAAAAUGUGCACUCGGAGCGAAGCGCAGCGACAGGAAACACUUCGCCGAUCAGCAGCUGCGCAAGCGGCUAGGUCUCGCGCCAGCAACCAGGCGAAGCUACGUGAGCAUGUUGUUCCAUACUGGGUUAAAUCGGAAGAACUGGAGAAUGAUGAACAGACAAGCUCGGAAAGUGAGAUGGAGAGUUUCGAAUGCGUUGUGUGCCGCAAGAAUUUUAAAAGUCAAAACCAAUUCGAGGCUCACGAACGUAGCAAGAAGCAUAAGAAAGCUGUCAAGCAGCUCUGCUGGGAAAUGAAAAUGGAAGAUAGGCAGUUGGAUUUGGAAGAAAGCUAUGAACAAGGCAAUAUGAAAGGAUUUCCUGGACUUAAGGAACGUCCCAAACAAGAAGACUGUCGCGGUCAGGCGGCCGCCUCUCAAUCUGAGGACAGUGAUGGCAUAUCAAAGCCAGCUAUCGAAAGCUUUACUAGCGGUAUUCCACCCGUUUCUGAACCCGAUGUACUCGCCACGGGCAUUUCUGGAGUUAAGACGAAUACAGCUUCAGAUAACAGUUCUCCACCACUCCAAGAACAAAGAAACCGUGCUUUUAUUCCCCAGGAUGAUGUUGACUAUGCUUCAAGGGAUUCUGUUGAACAUCGGUUUAAUUCAGAAUUGCUUCCUAUCCAGGGAGACAACGGAGAUGAAUUAUAUACUUCUUUCCAGCAACUGUCGACCUCAGAACUAGAGCAAGGCCCUCGAAUGCCCACCCUUGCUAUGGGGAAGGCAAAAGAGAAACGAGCCAGGAAAGCCGCACGAAAAGCAAUGGUACAGUCUGCAGAAUUGACAUGUUUGUUCUGUCAUGAGUCGUUUCCCUCCAAAAACCAACUGUUUCGCCAUCUAAGAGACCUUGAUCAUGCAAGGUCGCCAUUCAACCCUUCAGCAGGUAGAGAGAGAACAAGGUCCAAUAGAUAAGUACCCCAAUGGAUUAUUCGUGGGCUAUAUGGCAAUAAACGGAACUUAAGUUUGUAAGUGACAAAUGUCAAGCAGA